AUGCCGGCAGCUACCAAGAUGCAGCGACGGAAGGCUCAGCCAUCAACUAGACUGUCUGGCAAGAACACGCCUCUGCAGCAGCACAAUGCCUCCAUGAACAUUGGAAGCUUCGCUCGAGUCACAAAAGCCGUCAACGUGGCUGCCAAGGACAUCGAUGCCAAGCCCGCAAUCACCACAGCAGCGACCGUCGAGGUCAAGCUCCCCGCCUCAGCCACCCUUUCAUCAAGAAAGCGCAAGACAGCCGCGACUUCCGACGACGAGUCAUCGCCACAGGAGCGUGCCUCCAAACGCAUCUCAUCAAUCUCCAAGCCGGCUGCUGCUUCAUCGUCUGUGACGACCAAGCGUGCGGCUCGGAGCACCCGCGUUACUUCAACCACCGCGCCACAGCAGAGUCCUCCCAAGCCCGCAGCACCACAACGCAAGCGAGGCAGGAGUCCCAGCCCGUCCUCCGCUUCCGAAGAGGAAUCGGCAAUCGACACUGGCGCCCUCUUCAAGAGACUCCGUCUCGAGGCCUCGCCCGCACCCGCCACGCCGCCGCUCACGCCGGACGCCUCUGGCAUCUCGGACAGCGAGAACACGCCAGACAUCCUGCCUGACGAGGUCCUCGACCUGAUUGACCUGCACACAGCUCUCCUCAAGACUCUGACGCUGCACUACGCGCACAAUGGCCCGAACACGCCUGCGGACCUGCGCAGACUUUGCCCAGAUGUCGCCCGUGCGUGGCGGAGGAGGAAGGUGACCGAGGCCGAGGUCCAGACUUGCAUCGGCGUCUUGGCCACGUCAAACGCCAAGCAGCCCUUUGUGCUUGUCGACUACGGCCACAACAAGAUCUGCAUCGAGCUCGAGCAGUCGUAUAGCAACUCGAUGUUCAACGAUAGAGAGCUCAACAGCCGUUUCUACGAGAACUUGUUUUGCCUCUGGCGCAAGUUCUGCAGCAGUGACGAGUCCUUGAACAAUGACGGCAAGGUUUUCUUCGAUAGCCUUCCCAAGGCCAUAAUCACAGUGUCUGAGUCGUUUACCAAGGCCGCUCCCAUCUUCGCCAAGGGCCAGCAGCGCCUCGAGGACCUGAAGCAGGGCAUCGCGGCUAAGAAGCUGGAGAAAGAAUCCCAGCAGCAGCAGCAAAGCACCGACACACCGAUGUCCAACUCGGACGGCACAAAGAUGUCCCUGCUCGACCGGAUCCGCCAGAAAGCCCUGCAGAAGGCCCAGGCUCCUGCGGGUCUCACUCCCGCACAGCUCGAGCGCCGCGCCGCACUCCAGCGCGCAGUCGACGUGUCUGCUCUGGUUGGCAUGCUCAGCCGCGCCACGGCCAACGGUGGUGGUGGUCGCAUGUCCUUCACCAUGACGGCUAUGCUUGAGAAGCUCAAGGACACAUUCCGCAUGGGCAUCUCCCGUGAGGAGGGUGCCGCCUGUGUCAGAUUACUGGGCAAGGAGAUCGCGCCUGAGUGGAUCAGGGUCGUUGUUGUAGCCGGGCGCGAGAAUGUUGUCAUCGACACAAACCGCACGAUGGGAAAGAUUGACAUUGAGAGACGGGUUCAGCAGCUGUUGUGA